AUGAAGGGUUUCGUGAUCGAACGCAACAUCAAGCUCCACGAGCUGCCGGGGACAUUGACGACCCAAGCGAGCGAGCCCAAGCCCCAAGGCUCCGAGGUGCUCGUGGAUGUGCAGUAAGCGACAACCCUCGAUUCUGCCAUUCUCAUGGGACACACAGUGAAUUCGAACUUCCUUUGGCUAUUCAGUGUCGCCGGAUGCAACUUGUUUGAUGCGCUGCAGGGUACGUAGUCAUCUGCCCCACACGUAACCGGCGGGUUGCGCGCUCGGGGCUCCUCACUCAAUCUCCGGCUUUCGUGCCUCGGCCUCAUCCCCUCCGCUCCCUUCCCCGUCCCUCUCAUAGUCCAAGGUCUCUACCAGCACAAGCCCGCUUUCCCAUUCGUAGCAGGCUGCGAAUUUUCUGGAACCAUCUCCCCCGACUCGCCCCUCCCUAAAGGUUGCCCCUACAAGCACGGGCAAAAAGUCUUUGGCGCCGGGCAAGGUGCUUACGCCGAGAGGCUCAAGGUCGAUUACAAGUCGCUCGUACCUGUUCCUGAUAAUGUGACGAUGGAACAAGCUGCCGGUCUUUAUAUCACUUACCCGACAAGUUACGCUGCGCUCGUUUAUCGUGCCGAGAUCAAGAAGGGUGAGUGCCAAUUUGGUGUCCAGCUUCGGGAAAGAGUUCCCAUUGGCCUUGCUUCGAGCCUCGCAGCCAAGACUCUUUUGGCUCCGUCUUUGCUGACCUGAUGAUUUCUCUAUAGGCGAAUACUUGCUCAUUCACGCCGCCGCCGGUGGAGUCGGUAUGGCGGCCUUGCAAAUUGGCAAAGCUCUCGGCGCCAAAGUCAUCGCCAUGUGCUCCACCCAGGACAAGCUCGACGUGUGCACCCGAGCGGGCGCAGACUUUGCGAUCAACUAUGCCGAUGAGAAGUCAAAGAAUGGGGGGUGGCAGAAGCAGGUUAUGGCUGUGACCAAUGGGCAUGGUGCGGAUGUGUGAGUCGGACUUGACCGUUACGGCGGAUGACCCUGCUGCCACCGUCGCUGACGCCCGAGGUCCCUCCCAAUCAGCAUUUACGACCCUGUCGGACUCCUCAUCCCUUCUUUGAAGUGCAUUGCCUGGAACGGACGAGCAUUGGUUGUUGGUUUCGCCGCCGGCACGAUCGAGAAGGUAAGCUCAAUGUCCACAAACCUGCAGAAUCCUGACGAAACUCAUGCCUUUUGCCUUAUGUCUCACCGACCCGGUGCAGGUUCCCGCCAACCUAAUUCUACUCAAGAACAUCGCCAUCUCGGGCGUACACUGGGGUGCCUACCAAAAGAACCAACCCGAGAUCGUCCCCGCGACAUGGGAGGCUCUGCUCAAGCUCUUCAGUUCGGGAUCGCUCAAGGCCGUCGUCUUUGAUCGCAUAUUUGAGUGGGUCGCUUUGAUGCAUGAAUCGGAGAGUCAUGGAGCGAGAAGCUGAUAUUCGGGCUACCUUUCUUUCUUCAAGGGGCCUUGAAUCCGUCCCUGAGGCUUUGGACGAGUUGCUCGCUCGGCGAACUUGGGGCAAAGCCGUCGUUCGUGUCAAGACGGACAAGACGGCCAAGCUGUGA